AUGCACGAGAAUAUUUUGACGGAUCUGGAGGCUUUUGGAACGAAAUUGACUUUGAAAGAAGAAAACUGUAAGAGCAUUUCGACAUUUGGAGAAGCAAAGAAGACACUUGGAAAAUGCGCGAAGCUGAGAGAGGACUUUGAGACGAUUUCGGAGAAAAUCAUACCUCAGUUGCGUCGAUAUGAGACGAAGGUCAAGAAAUUGACUGAAGCAAUUGACAAAGAUGGCUAUCAAGGACUUGAAGAUGGAUUUGAAGAG